UCAACUUUGGUGACUAAGCUUCUCUGGUCCCCCAGAUGGUCCUGUGAUGAUGCCUCACUUUGCUUGCCUUCUCCUCCACUUCGGUCCUCGAACCUCCACCAACCUUCUGUGGAUGCAGCAGUCAUGGCCCGCUUACCCCGUCCUCUUCCGAGAUCAUCAUCAUGAUCGUUCAUAAUGCAGGCGGUCGACAUUAUUCUCAUUCUGCAGAUACAUGAUGAGCGGGACCCACCGGGGAAGGAAACCAGCUUCAUGUGCUGCAGCGGAUGCCGAUGGUACGUUGUCCUUGCUCCAGCCGUGUCGCUGCUGCUCCUGCUCCUCCUCCCUGUGUCUGCUUCCCGCACAGGUAAGUAGUGCAGGGCGCCGUGGCCAAGGUUUACAGUAGCAGUAGCAGCAGCAGCGCCUGACAUGAAUUGCCCGAGGAAACAGGGAGCAGAAGCUUGUGGAUGAUCUUGUGACCCCCUGCUCACUCGGUCCUCCUGUCAGGUCUCACACCAGUUGGAAGGGAGGCGCUUAACACUCAUUGAUGAGAGUCAGGUGAAGAUACUUUAGGUCUGGGAGCAGAUUGGUGUUGAUAUUGAAGUUCCAUGUGCUUUGGAUGAAGAACGGAACGGUAGGAGAAGCGCCUGUUUAAGUGAGUUUGAAUGGUGGCAGGAGUAAAAGGAAGAUAGGUGGAUAAUGGAACCAACAGCUCAAAAGGGUCUUGAUAGAGCUCUCUCUCAGAAGGCUUUGCAGAUGGGCAACUCCACCCCAUGCAAAAUAUGGGUUCUGGGUUUCUUCUGUGGUGUCUGCAUCACCUACCUCUUCCUGGUUGCCGUUGCUCCACUCAGGUCUACAGAGGUUGGAUUGGUGUAUUCAAGGACCGCCGGAGCCGUUUCGCAGAAUUCAAGCUUUUGGACUUCUGGUAUUAGCAGAUCAGGCAUGUACAGCUCUAUAACAGAGAAAGUAGAGGUCUCAGAGGAUCAUUCGGCGGGUCUAGUGCCAAGUGAUGAAGAGAGAGUCAUGAUGCUGUAUAAUGCUUGGGCUCUGCUGAAUGGAGAUGAUGAGCAUCAAUUUGCUAGAGCUGAUGUUCCUGAUGCUCCUCAUUUUGAAAACUGCAGUCUGAAUGCUCAAAUGUACAAGCAGUUUGACAGCCAUGGUGAAAAUGGAAGCUAUCCUCCUUGGACUUUGUGGAGAGGAUUUUUAGGAAUGGAGUUACUUCAUCCCUCCUCAUCAAAAGAUCCAGAGAAAACUCAUUAUCAUCAUGAAGCAAAAUUUGGAGAUGCUUAUCCUCCUUGGGUUGUAGGAUCAGAUGAGGACAAUUUUCCUCUUACUAGAUUAGUACAGAGGGAUAUAUGGGUUCGUCAGCACCCCAAGAACUGCAAUGAUCCUAACCUGCGGUUUCUACUUGCUGACUGGGAGAGGCUUCCAGGAUUUGGUAUUGGGGCCCAACUAGCUGGAAUGUCAGGGCUUCUGGCUAUUGCGUUAAACGAGAAACGAAUUCUUGUCACAAACUACUACAACAGAGCAGAUCAUGGUGGCUGCCAAGGUUCUUCACGAUCUCACUGGUCUUGCUACUUCUUUGCCGAGACAUCCACCGAGUGUCAGAAACAAGCUUUUAGUCUCAUGAAGAGUCAAGAAGCUUGGCAAAAACGGAUCAUAACAGUCAAGGACAACUAUACCUCAAAGGAAAUAUGGGCUGGAAAGGUACCUAGAGCAUGGGGUAGACCAUGGAGUUUUCUGCAACCAACAACAGAGGUAGAUGGGAGUUUACUUCGAAGCCACCGAAAGAUGGAUAGGAGGUGGUGGCGAGCACAGGCUAUAAGAUACUUGAUGAGGUUUAAAAGUGAAUAUAUGUGUCACCUACUAAAUGUCGCUCGUCACAAAGCAUUUGGAUUGCAAGCUGCAAAGAUGGUCAUUACAAGUCUUUCUGCAGCUUGGCCAAAG